AUGAAUCUGAGGUGGAUCCUCCUCCCUCUCCUCCUUCUCCUGGACUUAACUGUCUUCACUCCAGCCCUGUCCUUCUCAAAACGACACAUAGACAAUCCCAAGUCGUUGGUCCCAGGAGGAAACCGCCGAUACUGUGAUGUGAUGAUGAGGCGCCUCUGGAUGAUCCAUAAGGGUAAAUGCAAGCAGAUCAACACUUUCAUUCAUGAGAAUCUGGCCAUCAUUGUAGAUUUCUGCAAAACUCCACCAGUGUCCUGUAUGAACAUCCCUUCCAUGCACAACUGCCAUGACAGUACUCAUGAUGUCAGGGUCACUGACUGCUUUGCCACCCCAGGAACCCGACCCCCUCAUUGCCACUACCGCAAGAUGGACUCCACCAGGCCCAUCCGUGUGGGCUGUGGACAGGGGGUACCUGUUCACCUGGAUGGCUAG